AUGGUCUCCAGUACGGCCUUUAUCGUCGUUCAGGUUGCCCUCGCCGCCCUGGCCGCCCAUGUGAUCUAUCAGUGUUACUUCCAUCCGCUUGCGCGCUACCCCGGACCUUUCUUGGCUCGGUUUACCAAUCUCUGGAGACUGUUCACCUUUUUUGGCGGUCAACAUCAUCUUUCAGAGCAGCAUUUGCAUGAUAAAUAUGGUCAUGUUGUCCGCGUAGCCCCAAAUUGGCUCUCGUUCUCCGACCUACAUGACUUCGAUGCGAUCUACGGUUUUAAUAAAUCGGUCGAAAAAGACGACUUCUAUCUGUUUGGCCGCCCUCGCGACAAUCGCGUGCCGAGCGUGUUCGCUCUAAAAACUGAUGCAGAUCAUCGGCAGAGGAAACGCAAGGUAGUUGGACCAGCCUUGACAACCGCGAAGAUAACAAGAUAUGAAUCCGUUGUAACAAAGCAUGUGGACCUCUUCUUUACACGGGCGGAUGCCGCGUCCGCGUCAAGACAAGAUGGCGAGAUGGCCGCGGUGAAUCUGGCACCGCUGGCUCAUCGGUUCACCAUGGAUGUCAUGCUCGAGCUUAUAUAUGGCCCCGAUGUUGUUUCGCACCCGUAUACCGACUCCGCGACCGGAGCCGAUAUGUGUUCGGCCAUGCGCAAGUUGGUUAAGAUGGCGUGGAGCUUCUCGCUCUGCCCAUCAUACGGCUGGAUCAUGAACAGCCGUCUCAUCAGUGGAGUGUUGCGCACGCUGACUACCAGCAAACAGGGCGGUCCCACAGGAAUGAUGGCACUCAUGACUUCGAGCCACACCAUGAUCUUUCGGCGUCCUGAACAGGUUAGCCUACCUGGACAGCCCGGGAUCGUAAAAAGUUGGUUAGAUAUUCCUCUUGAUGACUCCAGUCGGAUGACUCAAGAUGAAGUAUUUUCGGAGGCAGUCAACCUGGUGUUUGCCGGACCGGGUAGCGUAGCUGCGGCUCUAACAGCCAUGGUCUACCAAUUGGGAACACAGGAAGGUCAACUAUGGCAGGAGAAGCUACGAAAGGAGGCUGAUGUCGAAGCACCACCAUUCUCCCUCGAGCUUCAAGCGGUUGUUAAAGAGACUCUGCGUCAUUGCGCCUCUUUUCCGACAGCUUUUCCUCGAGUCAUCAGACGCGGUGCCGAAACUAUAGUAUCCACUCUUCCAGCUCCACUCCCCAUCGGUACCACAGUGUCGGCAAAUUCCUAUAUUUUAGGCCGGUCGCGUAAAAUUUGGGGCCACGAUGCUGAUCAAUGGCUUCCACAGCGAUGGCUAGGGGACGAGUCACAACGUCGGGAGAUGGAAGCCAAACUGGUGGCUUUCAGCAAAGGGUCGCGAGGCUGCGUUGGUAAAGAAUUGGCCUGGCUAGUCCUUGCAAAGGCAGUCAUGGCCAUCAUUCGACGCUGGAAGUUUGUGAGCGUAGGGGAGCUUCGGGGGAAGAGUUAUCUGGAAAUGCAGUAUGACGAUUGUUGGAUUGAGUAUGAAGAAUUAGCGUGA